AUGGCAGCCGUCCUUGGAGCGCUCCGAGUGCUCACGACCGUCGCAGCUCUCAUGGUGGGCAUCUCACCCCUGCCGGACUUCUACCGCAUCCACAAGACGCACACGACAGGCGAGGUGUCCAUCUUGCCGAUCACGCUGCUCUUCUGCAACAGCUUCAUGUGGGCCAUCUACGGCGGCUCCGCGAACAAUAUCUUCCCCGUGCUGGUCUGCAACAUGUACGGCAUGGCGACCUCCGUCGUCUUCAGCUCCAUCUACUACCGCUGGAGCACCGACCGAGCGGCCAUCCACAAGAUCUGGGCCCGCGCGGCGUGCGUUCUCGCCGCUGGGACUUUGUACUUAAUCCUCGGGAGUUGCGGGGCUACGGGCCAAACGUUCGACCAAGUGGCCUCCACCUUCGGCUUCAUCGCUGUGGCGAUCAACAUCGCGCUGUAUGCGUCGCCCUUUGCCAACAUGAAGAAGGUCAUCGAGACCAAGGAUGCGUCCUCGCUGCCGAUCACGAUCAGUGUCGUAUUCCUCGGAAACGCUGCGCUCUGGGUGCUCUACAGCAUCACGGUCGGGGACAUGUUCGUGAUGGUGCCCAACCUGCUCGGCAUGCUCCUCUGCACGGCCCAAGUGGCGCUCUACAUCAAGUAUCGACCCAAGGGUGGCCAGGACGCGGACGAGUCGACCAACUUCAACAAGAGCAAGCUGGCGGAAGGACCUCAGAGCUACUGGGACCACAUCGCUCACUGGGUCAAGAACCCCUUGGGCUAUGAACUACUGAGCACGCCGGUGGCCCCGCUUCCGAGAUAA